GUGCGAUAAGUAGUUUCUCCUCCUUUCGAAGUGGCCAUCCUGCUACAUUACGCCUACAUUACAGUGCAAGUUUUGGUGCAAACGGUGAAGCGCGACGCAAAAAUGUCCUAGGCAAACCGAAUCAAGUCAAAUAAGGGAAUGAUGGUGUAAAAAGCAGUUUGGUGCAGAAAAGGAGGCCGAGCUCUAGAUAAAAUCGUAUUCAGCUCCAUUGGAGUAUGUUCUGAUAUUGGGACACGUAGUAUAUUGUGUGGCGACUGCACAAAAUCAAAUUUGCGCACGUGAACAAACUCGAGUAAGGUAGGGGCCACCGUACGACUAUCAGUAGCAGCAGUACACCCCACCCCGAAAAACGGGCUGACGAUUCUCACAUUGAUUAUUGUGAUUCAUGUAGCGCAGCGGAAGUGAUAAAAGUGCGAUAGAGCGAGCGAGCGUAAGCACUACCGAACCACCGAGCAGCAUUAGUUAGUGCAACCAAAUCGCACCACUGCAGAAUGGAAUGAAGAAAAGCGAUUUGUAGAAUGGAGCAAUAAACAUAGCACGAUUUUGCACAGUCAAAUAGCGCAGACACAGUAUUAGGAGACAGUUAUCAUCUGUGCGAAGGACACAACAUUGUUACCACGUACAACAAAAAAAAAACAACAACACAGCACUGCAUUACUAGUAACGUCGACUAGCAAACCCCUCCUGUUAAAGCGAUUGUCCCCGUCACCUGGUGUGCUGAAACGUUACCCAACACUAGUCCGGAAUCUGGUAGGGGAAGAUAAAGUCCAUCACGAAGGAUGAAAAAGUUCAUAUCAAAAUUCGAAACGAAAAAUGAACCAACGUCGGCGGGCAGUAGCCGGGAGACGAACAGUUUCGUCGGCAAAACGUUUAAGCUAAGCAAGGAGAACGUAGUAACCGUGGAGGAGGUACUGGCAGAAGGUGGCUUUGCCGUCGUGUUUCUAGUCAAAGGAGCCAAGGGAGAACGGUACGCACUGAAGCGGCUGUACGUGAACAACGAGUAUGAUUUGGGUGUGUGCAAUCGCGAAAUCAAGAUAGCAAGCAAUCUGAGUGGGCACAAAAACAUCAUUGGCUACAUUGACCACAGCAUCAAUACGAAGGGUAAUGGUGUGCACGAGAUACUGUUGCUCAUGCCCUAUUGCAAGACAAAUCUUCUCACGCUCAUGAACACUCGGCUCACUACGGGCUUCAGCGAGACGGAGGUGCUGCAGAUAUUCUGUGACGUUGCAGAAGCCGUCGCCCGGCUGCACCAAUGUCAAACACCCAUUAUCCAUCGGGAUCUCAAGGUGGAAAACAUCCUUCAGAAUGAUCUGGGUAACUUUGUGCUGUGUGAUUUCGGUUCGGCUACGGCGCGGGUGCUCAACCCAACCAGCCAUGGCCGUACGAUGGUGGAGGAAGAGAUCCAAAAGUACACCACGCUUUCCUACCGAGCGCCGGAGAUGAUCGAUCUGUUCAAUGGGCAGGACAUUACGGUAAAGGCGGACAUCUGGGCGCUCGGGUGCCUACUGUACAAGGUGUGCUACUUCACGCUCCCGUUCGGCGAAAGCGCUCUGGCGAUACAGAGCGGCCAGUUCAGCAUUCCAGACGGUUCGAAAUAUUCGCGUAGCGUCCAUCAGCUAGUACGCUACAUGUUGGAACCAGAUGCGGAAAAACGACCCAAUAUCUACCAAGUGUGCGAGAUCGCGUUCGGUAUCGCAGGACGAUCCAAUCCGGUGCGAAACUUGACGAAAUGUAGCGUACCACCGCUGGAAACGUUACCGGUGCCUCCGUUCGAAUCGGAAACAAAGCGCCUACCGACGGUGGGUAGUGGUGUCGGCCAGGUAGGAUCCAUCCCGAAACCAACCAAACCGGUCGGUCAGCUGCCGAUCGAAGGUGGCACAAGUGUGGCCCCACGCCAAAGACCAAAAGCUUCACAAGCGGCCACACCGAGCAUGGGCGUUAAUAGCUUCUCGCUCGGUUUACCACCGAACCCCUCGCCGAAAAACAUUCUUUCCUCGCCAACGCCCGGUAUGGCACCCUCGGCAAUCGGCACAUCUGGCCCGGAUGGUCCGGAAGCUUUUGUAGCCAAAUUUACGGCCAAUUUUCCUCCUGCUGCCAGCAGUGUACAAGUGGCAGCAGUCCCUUCAAUUGCCGCACUGUUUCAGACAACCUAUCCUGAUCCAUUCCGGGAGGCGGAACUAGCCACUAUUACGAGCGGUGGAGAGGGAAUUUCAUUGGCCGGUACAUCAGCCCACAACUCUUCGUCCUCCUCGCUAUCGAUGAUACAUUCACCAAGUCACGCCCCAAAUCCACAGGGGGUCGUUCCGUCCAACCAGACACAAACGCCAACCCUUGGUGGAUCGAAUUCCUCCUCGAGCAGUGCAGUUGCCGGCGGCAUCCUAGCGCCACCAAAAGCCUCCGGCCAUCGACGGAACGUGAGUGAUACGUCUGCCUUUAACAAAGCGUUCGCAACGGAAACUUCUCAGUUUCUGGCCCCAUUCGACCAGGCGACAAACAACUUCCAACCGUCAUCUGCAAGCCCACCCGGUCAGCAUACGACCACUUCGAACGGUUCCAAUAGUUCGCUCCACAAACAUCCGCCCGGUCCGGCAGGUGGCGUUGGCUUUGAGUCGCGUGUCUCCAAUUUGGCCUCGAGUUCCAAUCCACAGUUGUCACAACAGCGAUCUACAUCUUCGGCUGGUGCCAGUUCCAACUGGAACCCCUUUGGCGACCCUACUCCUUUCGCACAGAUGACUGAGGAUCAUAUUUUCGGCGAAGAGUUUGAUAAAAUCCGAGAACAAGGCAGUCAGGGCAGUUUAAAGACACCACCGGAAGUACCACGACACUCCUCGUUACCGCUCAUACAGAUGGGGUCAGUGCCAGCAGCUGUUCAGCAGGCGGCUCCAUUCUCGCCGGAGAACAUCCCGGACACGCUCGGUGAUGACGAUGAUCCGUUUAGUUCCGCUCCGUUCUCGAUGCCGGUGCGUACCGAUAAGAGCAAAUCGUUUAAACUAUCCUCGCGCAAAGUGAUCGUCAUCGACGGUGGAUUUAGUACGCAACUGGCCGAGCAUGUGGGGGCCAGACUGGACAAGGAUCCGCUGUGGUCGUCUCGCUUCAAUGCGACCAAUCCGGGUGCCGUGCUGGAAACGCACUUGGACUAUCUGAAGGCGGGCGCCGACUGCAUAUUGACCAACACGUACCAGGCGUCCAUCGAGGGCUAUAUGGAUUUUCUCGAUCUCAAUGAAGAUGAGUCGGUGCAGUUGAUCAAAUCAAGCGUCGAGCUGGCUAGACGUGCCCGUACUCGCUACCUGGCCGAAAAGCUGGAAAACAAAUCCCACAAAAUACCGUGGGUGGUGGGUUCGAUUGGUCCCUACGGUGCGCAUCUUCACGAUGGGUCCGAGUACACGGGUGCAUACGCGGAUCAGGUCCCGGCCAAUCGGUUGCAGAAAUGGCACCGGCCCCGAAUUAACGCGAUCGUGGAGGCCGGUGUUGACGCGCUCGCGAUCGAAACGAUACCGUGUCGGAUGGAGGCGGAAGCCCUACUCGAUCUUUUGACCACGGAACAUCCGACGGUGCGGUUCUGGAUUUCGUUCCAGUGCCGGGACGGUUCGUCCAUUGCGCACGGCGAACAAUUUGCCGAAACGGUCAUCGCCUUGUGGAACCGGGCAAAGCAACUGCCCAAUCCCAAUCUGCUAGCGCUCGGUGUGAACUGCGUUAAUCCACAGCAUGUGUUACCCCUGCUACGGUCGGUACACGAACAGUGUGGUUUCUCGCCCACAGACGGUGCUAACCGCAUCCCGCUUAUCGUGUAUCCCAAUUCCGGUGAGCAAUGGGACGCGGUUGGGGGAUGUUGGCGGGGUGCGGAAAAUCUUACCCCGUUGGAAACGUACAUCCCGCAAUGGGUGGAAAUGGGCGUCAAGUUUGUUGGGGGUUGCUGUCGUACCAAUGCACGGGACAUCAAGCGGAUGAAGAAGACCGUUAUUGGGCUUUAUGGAAGCCGGAGCAAUGAGAACUAAAGGCGAUCCCCAGACCCGGACCGGGUUGGUCUCGCUUCAACCGGAUGCUGUGAUUUAGUUUGGAAGCAAAGUUAUGUUUCGUGUCCCAAGAAAUGAUGCAGUCUGUAUGUAGAAGCAAUCGUUAUCAAUCAAUGCCUGGAGUGUGUGUGCGCACCGGUACCGGUGCAAACCUAGAUCGAACCUCUCUUAGAACGCUCCUCGAUUGCUGCUGUUAUGGUUAGGCGUAGAUCCAUUAUCCGUUUUGAUUAUAUUUAUCAAACAUUAGCACAUCACGACACGUGUUAGUAAAAAGAGAGAAAAAAGUCACUACACUAGAGGCCCCAAAACGCCUUUGCUAAGCACAAGACACACCACACCGAAAGGAAGAUAUAUAGGCAUCUUGUCUCACAACACGGCAACCGGCCAGGAUAUUGAUGGAGCGAAACAAUCGGAUACAACGACUUUUGCGCAGUAACGAGCGCAUCACUCCUAGCGUGGUAUUAUCUUAAGUAACCGAACCUUUUGAAACAAAAUAUCCUCCUAUACCUUUUGGCUACGUGUUUCAUAAAUCUAGUCUUGCUUGUCAGUUUAAAACAAAAAAGAUUCAAAACUCUUAUUAACGCUUGUAAUGAGAUUGGAAACAUGCGUGACGUUAGGAACGAAACGAAUGAAUGGAUGGGUGCGAUCAACUAACUCCUGGAGCGAUCGGUGCUAUCGACGCUCAUUUCAAAAUGAUUGUUGCAUUUCUUUCAUCCUGCCUUAUCCUUUCAUGCUUACCAUUAGUAUCGCACAAUUGCGGUGCAAAUUGUAUAACCGUGUGACGAUUAUCAAAGAUUUUUUGUGUUGUAGCAAUAUGCAGAAUAUGGUUAUUUUCGCUGUUUUACCAUUAUUAGUCCAAUUAUUUUGCACGAGAUAAUAGUGACGAGAGUUUUCAUAUACAUUCUAUAGGGACGUAGAUAUAAUAACACCGGAGACGAGCGUGUAUUGUAGGCAUAGCGAACAAAGACAAAUCGUUUCGUUUCUGUUUAUUGUUUUGUGUAAUACAGCUGUAUGCAAUAAGGACGAGUGUGUAAUGAAAAGCGGUUGGCUAACCGAUGAUACAAGAUAAACCAUUACUUAUGAGAUUUUGCAAAUGUGGUUCUGGGCCGUUAUGCGGGUGCAAGUUGAUAAUAGGAUAUUAUGGUUUGAAUCGGAGGCCCGAUAAAACUCCGACCAGAUUAAACUAUAGUUGUAAUCAUCGAAGGCAAACAGCAAAACCUAUUUAGAACGAUCCACGAUAUAUUUAUUCUUCUACAAUUAUAAUAGCCACCCAUUGCAAUAAACCACUACGAUCGAUUCAUUCGAUUGAUCGCAUCUGAAAACGGUAGGUUAAUAAACGUUUACAUCAGAAAAAGGAACAAUGUGCACAUCGAUUCGUACAGUUUAUUGAUACUGCUUUGCAAACCUAUGCAAUCUAGCUUCCGUCAUCCAUCCCUCCAUACCUUGU